CAGCGCUAUGAAUAAAACAGCAGACAUUGUUACUCCAACUUCAGCUGUAUUCAUAUCGGUAUUACCUGGUUGAGGAUAAAUACACCAUGUCUAUAAUUGAAAUAAUAAAAGAACGAACAUCCGGCUUGAGACUGUCAACUCGAAACGACAACGUGCGGGGAUGCUUGAUCAAGGAAUACCAUUUCAACUGCAGCGUACCAACAUUCCUCAAAGAAAUACACUUCACCAACUUUUACACUAAAAGCGCUUCUGCACACCUAUGUUACCAAGACACGGCUUCUGCAGAACCCGUCUGGGUUAAUCUCUUCAAAAUUCAGAUGAUGAAAGACAUUCACACUUCCUUUGGUGCAUGUGCUCAAGUUAGAAUAACACUCCCUCCAACUUUCGAAACAGUUAAAUCACGGAAACGGUUAUUCAAACUAUGUAUACAGUUACAACAACCCUCCUUAAUGUGGAAAGAAUAUACAAUAACAAACGUGCAAUUUUUUGAUGAGUAUUUAGACAAUUCUAACCAGACCACAACAGAUUCCACUGAAGGUCGACACACACAUCUAAUCAAUGAGACACAGAAUGCUUUGACUACACUUUGCACACUAAUAGAAUUUAAACAAACGAUACAAAGCCGUGAACUUAACGAAAUAGAUAUCUUAGCACUAUCUGACGCACACUUUGAAAUUACUUGAAGUUACCAGAAAUUUACAGGAAGACUAGUCACGUAUUUAACAUACCAUUGAGAUUGAGAAAAACCACCACAUAACGGGAGUAUAUUUACGAACAUGGAAGGCGUGCCCAGAGCUUAUUGGGAUGAGGAUGAAGAAAACAAAAAGCGUUCAUGGUAUGCCAAACUAGUUCUCCCAAAUGAUAGUAUCAACGACACUAGAGACAAAGUGGAUAGGCAGUCUUACCAUAUGUUUACUUUUACACCGUAAAAUCUUAUGGAAAUGUCCCAUUCCUCGCAGAAACUAACGAUAUAACUCAAAGUGACGCAGAAAGGACAAAGUAUUUGAGGUAUAGACGCGAUAUAUCUAAAAGAACUAGUUGUAAUGAGUCUUGACACUUCAUAAUACAACAAUACUGAAAAGGACUUAGUUUCCGAAUGCAUGAAAAUCUAAAUUGUUUGUGACUGUAAAUUAAAUAAUAC